AUGCUAACGACUAUCUUCUUCUUCUUCUUCUUCUUCUUCUUCUUCUUCUUCUUCUUCUUCUUCUUCUUUAUCUACCGUGCCCCACUCAGGAGGCUAUUUAUUGUUAAAUCCCUAUUUGCCCGUCCUGUCAUGACAACAAUGCCGUUUGCUCUAACUGGGGGGUUAUUUAAUGGUUUUCCAUUAUUCCUUAUUCGUGUCCCAACAGCCAAGAUGGAUUCUGCGAUAUCACUCUUAGUCGCGAACUGGUCAAAUAACCACACAUCCUUUCUUUCUUUCUUUCUUCUUCUUCUUCUUCUUCUUCUUGCCUCUUUUUCUACCACCUGUCAAUUCUUCUUCUUCUUCUUCUUCUCUUGCUUCUUCUUCUUUUUCUUCUUCUUCUUCAUCUCUUACUCUUUCUUUUUCGCUAAUUCUUCUUCCUCUUCUCCACCUCUUUCAUCGUCGUCCUCUACACUUUCGUCUUUUUCUACCCCUCCUUCUCCGCUAAUUCUUUUCUUCCUCUUCUCCAUCAUUCUUCAUCUAAUUCUUUUUCCUCUUCUAUCACUUUUACCUCUCCUUCUCUCCUUGUUUCAUCUCUGUGCUUCUUUCCUUCAUUCCGUUCUCAUGUCCGUCACAUCCAUUCAAAUUCUCUGUUCUUUCUUCAACUUUUAUUUCGGCUUCUUCUCUUUCUCUUUCUUCUGCAAUGAUUCCUUAAUUUUCUUCUCCAAUGUUUGUCACUCUUUUAUUCUUCGCUGCGUCUCUCGCAUACCUUUUCAUCAUCUUCAUUUCUUCUUCUUCUUCUUCUUCUUCUGGUUCGUCCCCAUCGACUUUUCUAUCACCAUUUUCUUCAAUAUCUUCUUCAUUUUCUUCUUUCGCACCAGUUUCUUCAUCUUCUUCAUCAUUUUCUUCUUCAUCUUAUUUUCUUUCUUCAUCUUUCUCCUCCUCCUUAUGUUACUAUUCCUACUACUGCUACCAUUACUACUCAUACUACUAAUACUACUAAUAUUACUUAGUCAACAAGUUCUUAAUCGUCUCACUUGUUUCUUUUCCUUUUUCGGGUUUUUCCCUUUUCUUUCUUUUUUUUUUAUUCAGCCAUUUUUUUCUUCGUCUGAUCAUUUUUCUGCUUUUCUCUUUUUUCCUUUAUUUCGUCUUCAUGUUUUUCUUAUUUUCUUUCUCUCUUUCCUUGCAUUCUUAUCUCUUUCCUUUCCCUCUUUCAUUUUCCUUCCCAUCUAUUUCUUGUUUUUUUUAACUUGUUCUUCAUCGUCAUUCAUCCAUCUCAUCUUCAUUCUUUUUCUUAUUUUUCUCUCUUCUUUUUCCAUAUUUUCUUCUUCUUUCUUUCUUUUUACCUUCAUUUUCUUCUCCUUCCAUUUACUUUCUCUGUUUAUUUUCACUUUGUCUCACUUUUUCCCUUUUAUCAUAUUAAUUUCUUUCUCAUUUUCUUUCUCUCUUUCCCUGCUUUUUUAUCUCUUUCUUUUCCCUUUUUAUUUCACUUUAUCCUUCCUUACUUCCUUACUUCCCUCCUCCCUUCCUUCCAAUUACCUCACCCGCACUCAUCCACACACAUUGCUUAUUUCAGAGCUUAAAAUAUGA